GUGCGCAUGCGUUCCUCCAAACGUGGCGACUGAGCAACUUCCUGCCAGACUGUACAGGAAUUUUUGUUAGUCACAGUAACCGAUAGAAAAUUUUCUAAAUAGGACCGCUAGUAGUGGUCUAUGGUGAAUCAUUGUGUUUAGCAACAUCAGGAGGUCUGGCAACAGAAGAAAAUACUGACUUUUUCACCAUGAGUGCUUCGGGCGAGUUUGGAAAUCCUCUAAGGAAGUUCAAAUUGGUCUUUCUUGGAGAGCAAAGCGUUGGAAAAACAUCAUUGAUCACACGCUUUAUGUACGACAGCUUUGACAAUACAUACCAGGCCACAAUUGGAAUUGACUUCCUCUCCAAGACCAUGUACUUAGAAGACAGAACGAUUCGGUUACAGCUGUGGGACACGGCAGGGCAGGAAAGAUUCCGCAGUCUGAUCCCCAGUUACAUCAGAGAUUCUUCCGUGGCAGUCGUGGUUUAUGACAUCACAAAUGCGAAUUCCUUCCACCAGACAUCCAAAUGGAUUGAUGACGUGCGCACGGAGCGAGGCAGUGAUGUGAUCAUUAUGCUAGUUGGUAACAAGACAGAUCUUUCAGACAAGAGACAAGUUUCCACGGAAGAAGGAGAGAGGAAAGCAAAAGAGUUGAAUGUGAUGUUCAUCGAAACCAGUGCCAAGGCUGGAUAUAACGUAAAACAGUUGUUCAGACGAGUGGCCGCAGCAUUGCCUGGAAUGGAACAGAAAGAUGACAAAAAUACGAUGCAUGAUGUGGUACUAAAACCCGAGACGCCCGCAGAACCUCAGACUCAGGAAGGAGGCUGCGCAUGUUAGAUGACACUCUCCCAACCACCCACCCCCCACCCCCCUGCUCAUCUCUACUCACCAACUCUCCUCGCUGUCUGGCCAUGAGGAAUCAUCACAAUCUGUUUUGUUUCUCUAUUGUAUCAUUGCUAUUUAUAGAUUAUUUUCAUCAUCAUCACCUUGUGUUAUACGCCUCUGUGUGGGGUUUGGUGAUCAGAGCUCAUGAACACUUGGAAGGGCUGAAAGUUUUUUUAAUUGACAUUGGUUAGUUGGUUUGUGAAUGUAUUGCAUAGCUUUUUCCUCCCUUCCACUAGGCAGACACAUUUUUUUUUCUCUUAUUUUUUUAAAAUUAAUGAUAGCAGCUACCAUUUAAAUGUGGUUUCUAUGCAUGAUAGGAUUGUUUGGGGGCCUUUUGUUCUGUUUUUUGUUUGGUUGUUUUUUUAAUGUUUGUUUUUGAUUAAUGUAGCUUUGAGCAUUGGGUUUUUUCAAUUUUGUAUUUCUACUCUCAGUAUGUGAUGAGGUGCCCUGCCUUUUUUUGCCCCGCGUCUCUCGGAUGUUUAGUGGGAGGAACUGAAUUGAAUCGGUGUUAUGAACCAAACUGCCAGGAACUGAAUUGAAUCGGUGUUGUGAACCAAACUGCCAAAUCUAUGGUGUAGGUGGCUGGACUGGAAACUGUUCUGUAAGGUUGCAAGUUUGAGUCACAGUCUGGGCCCAACAUUGUAUCCAAGGAAAAGUAACAUUAAUAAUAAAAAUAAUAGACUGCAUUUAUACAGCGCUCUGUCCCAUAGGAGUAUAAGUUAAGCUCUGAUUGAUCGCUUUAUAAAACAAAUUAUGAUCCUCGUUUUACCGAGGUGAGAAUGAGGAGCCGGCUGAGACAAAGAGAAAGAUCUUGUCUGUGUGUUGUUGGUGUCUGAGUUCCUGUUGGGGCAGUGAGGAAUUGUAAAAGGCAUAGAGGCUACCUUGUUGUUUGGGUCAUGUAUGCUGUUUGAAUGCAGUGUAUUCUUGUUGUCUGUGAGUACCACACUGAGAUCCCCCCUGGCCGGAGAUAAGCAAAGAUAAAAAA